AUGACAGUUGGACGUGUCUGCUCAUGAGUUUAACGUCGCCAUGACAUCGACUAAAAGCUAUAUCGGAGAUUUCUAUUAGAGAAGCAGUUUCUGCUUAUCUUCAUACUGUACUGUCUUUGACUUUACUGCGUUUUCAUUGGACAGAGCGGGGGACACGAUGACAGCUGGGGCAGGUUGGCGGUGCGCAAGGUCUCCAGACAGUACACACAACCACUGGAUUUGACAGUCAACAGCACAGUACACUUUUAGGAAACUAGCUAGCUAGCAAUUUUAUAUGUCGGAUCUGUAGCUUGUCAAUUCAGAAGUUAGAUAGCUACUUCGUUGACUUAAAACAUACAACUGUUGAAUAACGACAGUAUUGAUACAUUUGUAGGUAAACGGCGAGAAUGUUGGUCCCUGCGGGAUGAUGAUGAAAAAGAGACUGUGGCGAGUUGUGACAGUGUGCCUAAUUGUGUUUUUACCGUGUUGGCACCCAACUAAAUAUGUUGGCUGCGCAGAGCAGCCCCCAGAGGUUCAGAGCAUGCCUGCACCUGCUCAGGACAGCAGUGGAGAGGAAGACCCAGGCGACAAGUCCCAUCACAGGGGUGUUGUUCAGGUAGAGGAGGGCUGGGGGUCCCAGUAUGCCCAGUACCUAUCUGAAGAGGAGGUGCUGCCAGAGGGAGAGGAGGUGGAGACACAGCAGCAGGGCCUAGCAGGGGAGGAGACGGAGACUCCAGGCACAGAGGUGGAGGACAAGGAGCAUGUCAAGACGUUGGACCUGGAGGAUUCUGUAGCAGAGAAGGAGCAAGAGGCAGCACGGCCAGAGGUCUGGCCAGAGGCUGAGCAGCCACCUCCAGAGGCCGUUGUCACACAAGAGCAGAAUCCAACACCCGCCUCUGACCUCUCUCCUCCACCAUCUGCCCCUGUCCUCAACCCCAUCCCCGAAGACCCCUCCAGCACCCCUAGCUCAUCCUCUAGUGUACCAGAGGAAAUUGUGUCUGAUGUCCCUUUGUCAGAAUCCAGUGAUGCUGAUCUGGCCUUAGCCGACUGUGAAGCUGGAGAAACCAACCCCUUUGACGGCACCCUCACCAGUCUUCCUGUUGUCCUGGAGAACACAUCCAAUGCCCUGGGAAAGGGCACCAAGACUGACAUAGACCCCCCUCCGGCCCAGGCAGGUCAGGCCUCAGUGGGGCUGGCUCAGGUGGCCAACGCCUCCCACAUGCUCAAAGAACCGGGUUUGAUCUCACACAUUGCCACAGAGACAGAUCCCAGCGUGGCAACCAAGGAUCCGGAGGACAACCCCACCUUUGACGAGUGGAAGAAGAAAAUGAUGGAGGUGGAGACAGAGAAGACUCAGGCCACUCAUACCUCCACCAACGGCGGCUCCCACGCUGUAAAGAAGGUGCAGAAGAACUUCAACAACUAUGCAUCGGUGGAGUGUGGGGCAAAGAUCCUGGGUUCUAACCCAGAGGCUAAGAGCACUUCAGCCAUAUUAAUGGAGAGCAUGGAUCAUUACAUGUUAAAUCCCUGCAGCAACAAGAUCUGGUUCAUCAUCGAGCUGUGUGAUCCCAUCCAGGUGAAGCAGUUGGACAUCGCUAACUUUGAGCUCUUCUCUUCCACACCCAAAGACUUCCUGGUCUCCAUCAGUGACAGGUAUCCAACCAACAAGUGGGUGAAGUGGGGAACUUUUCAUGCUCGGGACGAGCGCACUGUUCAGAGUUUCCCUCUGGAUGAGCAUCUGUAUACCAAAUAUGUCAAGAUGUUCACCAAGUACAUAAAGGUGGAGCUGGUCUCUCACCAUGGAUCUGAACACUUCUGCCCUCUCAGUCUCGUAAGGGUGUUUGGAACGAGUAUGGUGGAGGAGUACGAGGAGAUCGCUGACCCCCUGGACAGACCGGAAGACCAGGAUGGCGACCAGGAUGACCACCUCGAUUAUCCUCCUGGAUAUGUUCCUGUAGAGGACGAGGCGUCAAAUGACCUCAUAGGAUCAGCCAAGGAUGUCAUUCUGAACAUGGUGAACAACAUUAAAGUCAACGUGCUGGGAGGAGGACCAGGGGAAGGGAACUUCUCAGGCCAGGAAGUGAAUAUGACUGCCAGUAAAUCAUCUGACCCCGACACCACCUCCACCGUCAGCCCUGUGCCUGACACUGUAGGUGUGGAACAGUCUGAGGUACCAGAACACCCUGUCACUACCACAGAGGAUCCCACACCAGAGCCCCCUACUCCAGAACCCCCUGUCAGAGAGGAACCCAAACUAGAGAAUCUAACUGGGGAGGAGACGGUUGUGACUCCUAUAGAGGAGGAGGAGGUCCAGUUCAUAGUUACUAUGCUGGAGGAGGAGGAAGAGGAAGAUACGGAAGAGGAAGGGAGGGACAGAGAGGUGCACCAUUGCCCUGGCCUCCGACAGCAAGAAAGCCUUGACUACUGCGGCCUGUCUUCCUCCUAUUCUUGCUCCUGCUCCGCCUCCUUCCAGGAGUACCUCCUCCACCAGUGUUCCGUUCAAAGGACCUGCACCAGCCAGGAGAGGGAGCCAGAGGCACCCCCAGACCCAGGAACCACCACCACCACGUCACAGCAGCUCACCAUCUCCCCCACGGCCACUCAGACCCCACAGCAGCCUCACACUCUUGGGGAACAGCCUCAGGAGAGAGAAGCCAGCUCUGCCUUUGGGGAGAGGGGAGCAAGUCCCACUGAAGCCCCACCACUCCUUCCAUGGGUUGAGACGGAGGCAGUGGGAGAGAGAGAGCCCAGCACUGAGCUGCCCUACCUGGAGCCCAGCCAGAGCUCCACCCUGCCCAGACCCAGUUCCAUCGACACCGCCAGCUCUGCCACUAGGCCCACCCCUACCGUGGAGCCUCCACACCAGGCCUCCUCGAGAGACCUGCCCAGGCAGAAGCAGCCCGCCACUGGGGCAGAGAAGAACCGGGAGGUGCAGCAGGAGGAGAACAGGCAGCCUUUUCCCACUGUCACCACCUCCAGCCCCAGUGGCCCCCUAGAGCAGAGUUGGAGAGCCCCUGUAGAGAGGCCCUGUCUGGACGACCAGCCUGCCAAACAAGACAUCCCGGUCAUCCACCCCCCACAUGUGGUCGAUCCCCAUCCCCUCCCCACUGUCUCCACCCCCACAGAGCAGCAGCAGCCUCCCGCCCCCACAGCUGAACCAGAGAGUGCUGCUGGCAGUGGCAACACUACUCCUGGGGAGUCCCGCUCCGUCCCCGCCGUGGUUAUGACAGAACCCCCCUCACGUGGCCAGGCUGUCACAACGGAAACCAAGGGGGAAGCAGAGCUUGUGGAGGACAUCCUCUUCACCUCGUCGCCCCAUGGCAACGGGCAGCAGCUGCUUCCCCCACCCUCCCCCUCUCCUUCCUCCUCAGACUUCUACGCAGAGCUCCACAAACCCACGGAACAGGCGAACGGGAACCUGAUGCACGGCUCCACCAGCCAGAAGGAGUCUGUGUUCAUGAGGCUCAACAACCGCAUCAAGGCCCUGGAGAUGAACAUGUCGCUGAGCGGACGCUACCUGGAGCAGCUCAGUCAGAGGUACCGAAGGCAGAUGGAAGAGAUGCAGAGGGCUUUCAACAAAACCAUCAUCAAACUGCAGAACACAUCCAGGAUAGCAGAGGAGCAGGACCAGAGACAGACGGAGUCCAUCCAGUCGUUGCAGGGCCAGCUGGAGGACAUCACACAGCUGGUUCUCAACCUGUCUGUCGGAGUCAGUCAGCUGCAGAGCCAGGUGUCUGAAAGGCAGAGUUACCUCCUGCUGUGCCUGGUGUUGUGUUUGUUCCUGGGGUUGCUGCUCUGUGUCCAGCACAGUCGCAUGUCUGCCAUUGAGCCUCCCUCCACAGACCCAGAGCCUCCUAUACCCAAGAGCUAUAGCUACUGCUGCCCAGAGAGGCGUUUCUGGGAAUAUGAAGACAUGAGCUUGAAGAGAGGAAUGUCAUAUCCUCUCCUGCACUCGGGCUCCUUCCAGUUACCCACCACUGAAGGUCCAGAGUCACCGCGCACUGUUGAACCACUGACUUUUCUACCAGCUAAUAAAAAGAAGAAACGGAGUAAGAUGAAGACCGUGGAAACCUUGAAAUGCACUGUACUCUGCGCUCCUCUGCUUGCUCACGGAGCACCCGUAUGUAACGGCGGCUCCCCUGGUGGCACCACAGACCCUACACCCCGCAUGGGGCGUCUCAGCCACCACGCCUUCAUGGACCCCCCUUCCGGGGGCAGUUCAGAGAGCUCCUCCCAGUCGGACGAGCCCUCCUUAUGCGGCCUUGCCGCCACCUCCUGCACUCGCCUCUGUGACGGCCUGCCCCCGCCCAGGAGCAGGGCAGAGAAGCAGGCGUUCAAGCGGCAUCGCUCCAAGCCUGGGUGCGUGGUUGUGGAGGAUCUCCUGCAGGCCCCGCAGAGAGAUGCAACACCCAUAACCCCCACCCUGCAGGACCUCAUGGGGGGGAAGGAGCUCUCUGCAGGGAUGCUGGGAGUGACGGCGCUCUGAGCUCCUGUCGGACCGAGACUAAACUCUCCUCCUGUAAACAGACUCUGGAACAGUCGCCCCCUGAAAGGAGGGACGUUGUUAUCCCUGUAUACACAGGAAGCUUUAGGCUAGGAAUCAGACAAUCCCUCUUCGUCCACCUCCCAACCAGGAUGUUAUGUUCUGUCCAUGUUCUCUUUUGAACCUUUGUCGGGCUUUGAUGUUUCUUUCUUGCUUUGACCAAUGGAAGACAAAAAUAUAUUUUCCAUCUGUCCUUCAAAAUGGUAAUUUUUUUUGUAAAUACUGUCAACCCUGCGCUAUGUAACAAUCAAACCUGCAAAUAAUAGCCAAUGUCAAUAAUGGGCUAAAGGAAUAGAAAAAUGUAAAAAAGAGUUUUGAAGAUGCUUUUACUGGGGAGUGGCCGGUCUAGACAGAAACAGUAGUGUUUUCCUGUACUGUAUCCAGAUCGAUUCUCAUUCUCUGAAGUUGAAACCUUUUACAACUGCCGCUUUUACAGUACACAGGGAUGCAAGACCGCCUACACUGAACAAGAAUAUAAACGCAGCAUGCAACAAAGAUUUCUGAGUUACAAUUCAUAUAAGUAAAUCAGUCAAUUUCAAUCAAUUCAUUAGGCUCCAAUGGAUUUCACAUGACUAGGAAUACAGAUAUGCAUCUAUUGGUCACAUAUGCAGUACCAGUCAAAAGUUUGGACACCUACCUUUCAAGAGUUUUUCUAUAUUUUUACUGUUUUCUACAUUGUAGAAUAAUAGUGAAGACAUCAAAACUAUGAAAUAACACAUAUGGAAUCAUGUAGUAAUCAAAAUAUAUUUGAGAUUCUUCAAAAUAGCCACCCUUUGCCUUGAUGACAGCUUUGCACAUUCUUGGCAUUUUCUCAACCAGCUUCAUGAGGUAGUCACCUGGAAUGCAUUUCCAACAGUCUUGAAGAAGUUCCCACAUAUGUUGAGCACUUGUUGGAUGCUUUUCCUUCACUCUGCGGUCCAACUCAUCUCAAACCAUCUCAACUGGGUUGAGGUAGCCCUUACACAGACUGAAGGUGUGUUUUGGGUCAUUGUCCUGUUGAAAAACAUAUGAUAGUCCCACUAAGCGCAAACCAGAUAGGAUGGUGUAUUAAUGCAGAAUGCUGUGGUAGCCAUGCUGGUUAAGUGUGCCUUGAAUUCUAAGUAAAUCACCGAUAGAGUCAUCAAAAUGAUUUGUUACUACAUGAUUCCAUAUGUGUUAUUUCAUAGUUUUGAUGUCUUCCCUAUUAUUCUACAAUAUAGAAAACAGUAAAAUUAUGAAAAACUCUUGAGUUGGUGUGUCCAAACUUUUGACUGGUACUGUAUAUACAGUGCAUUCUGAAAGUAUUCAGACCCCUUGACUUUUUCAACAUUUGUUUAGUUACAGCCUUAUUCUAAAAUGGAUUCAAUUAAUUAGUUCCUCAAUCUACACAAAAUACCCCAUAAUGACAAAGCGAAAAAAGCUUUUCAGAAAACAGAAAUACCUUAUUUACAUAAGUGUUCAACCCCUUUGCUAUGUGACUUGAAAUUGAGCUCAGGUGCAUCCUGUUUCCAUUGAUCAUCCUUGAGAUGUUUCAACAACUUGAUUGGAGUCUACCUGUGGUAAAUUCAAUUGAUUGAAAAGGCACGCACCUGUAUAUAAGGUCCCACAGUUGACAGUGCAUGUCAGAGCAAAAACCAAGCCAUGAGGUCGAUGGAAUUGUCUGUAGAGCUCCGAGACAGGAUUGUGUCGAAGCACAGAUCUGGAGAAGGGUACCAAAAACUGUCUGCCGCAUUGAAGGUCCCCAAGAACACAGUGGCCUCCAACAUUCUUAAAGGAAAGAAGUUUGGAACCACCAACACUCUAGAGCUGGCUGUCAAGCUGAGCAAUCGGAGGAGAAUAGCCUUGGUCAGGGAGGUAACCAAGAACCCAAUGGUCACUCUGACAGUUCCAUAGUUCCUCUGUGGGGAUGGAAGAACCUUCCUGAAGGACAACCAUCUCUGCAGCACUCCACCAAUCAGGCCUUUAUGGCAGAGUUGCCAGACGGAAGCCCCUCUUCAGUAAAAGGCACAUGACAGCCCGCUUGGAGUUUGCCAAAAGCCACCUAAAGGACUCUGACCAUGAGAAACAAGAUUCUCUGAUCUGAUGAAACCAAUAUUGAACUCUUUGAUCUGAAUGCCAAGCGUUGCGUCUGGAGGAAACCUGGCACCAUCCCUACGGUGAAGCAUGGUGGUAGCAGCAAUGUGCUGUGGGGAUGUUAUUAGGCGGCAGGGACUGGGAGACUUGUCAGAAUAGAGGGAAUGAUGAAGGGAGCAAAGUACAGAGUGAUCCUUGAUGGAAACCUGCUCCAGAGCGCUCAGGACCUCAGACUGGGGUGAAGGUUCAUCUUCCAACAGGACAAUGACCCUAAGCACACAGCCAAGACAAUGCUGGAGUCUUUGAGCCUGGACUUGAACCCGAUCGAAACCUGAAAAUAGCUUUGCAGCGACGCUCCCCAUCCAACCUGGAUGGCUUGCGAGGAUCUGCAGAGAAGAACGGGAGAAACUCCCCCAAUACAGGUGUGCCAAGCUUGUAGCGUCAUACCCAAGAAGACUCAAGGCUGUAUUCGCUGCCAAAGGUGCUUCAACAAAGUGCUGAGUAAAGGGUCUGAAUACUUAUGUAAAUGUAAUAUUUCAGGUUUUAAUUUUUUUAAUGUGCACAAAAUAUAACCUUUUUUUGCUUUGUCUUUAUGGGGUAUUGUGUGUAGAUUGAGGGAUUUAAAAAAAAGAUAUGUUUUUUUAGAAUAAGGCUGUAAUGUAACAAAAUGUGGAAAAAGUCAAGGGGUCUGAAUCUUUCCGAAUGCGCCGUAGCUACCUGCUCUGAAAAGAUUGUUGGUUGAGAACGCUCUAAUGCAGUUAACAUUUUACAUUCUGACACCUUUUAAUUGGGAUUUAUUCAACCCGUAUGCUAAUGCAGUUGCAUUAUUUUUACAGCAUUCCAUAGAAUCCUGGGGUCAUCGACUACACUUCUAUUGAUCAUCAUUAAUUCAUUUAGUUUAAUUUCAAAUUGAUCCCAGAAUGUAGGAUUUUGUAGUGGCUCUUUUUAGGGGAAUCUGAAAUGUGCAGUUGGCAGUAGUAAGCGUGGUGAUCAGACGAGCUCAUAUGUUUCUAUUUUCUUAAUUGUAGAAGAUACAGGUGUAGAUAAUAUAAAUUACAUUUCGAGAGAAUGUUUUAUGCCUAUUUGAGUAGAAAGUGUACUCUCUUGCUUUUGGAGUAUGUGCUCACCAGGCAUCAAUGAGGUUGUGAUCAGACAUAUGUUGUAGAGCUUUUGGUCGCUUGCGGAUUGUAGUUUGUCUUAUUAGAUUUGUCCUGCAUUUCCGAAAUGGUUUUCAUGUCUGUCCCAACAACCAGUUAGAAUUCAGUUAAUUCUGACAAUAUGCUGUUUAGUAAAUCAAAAAAACGUAGGAUCAUAUGUAUUUGGAGCAUACAUAUGAAUAAAGGCAAUUUUAUUUCCAUCAUGGCUACAGUUAAGGAAAGGGAUCCUGCCUUUUUAUUAUUCGCUUUUACCCAAGAUGGUGAUUUUGAGUUUCUUAUAUGAUGAAAAAACAGCCAGUUUGUCCAAAUGGUUCUCUGUUCUAUGUGCGUCCUUUUGUAGCGGGUGUGUUUCUUGGAGCAUUGCUGUGUCAAUAUGGUUUCAUGCCAGGAUAUCAAGACAGCUGGAAUGUUUGAUAGGACAAUUUAGUCCUUUCCAAUUCCAAGAGAGAAUAGCUAGCGUUGCCGUUGUUUUUCUAAAAGGAAUGUUACGUUAAUGAUAUGAUUAUCUUUAGUGUUGAUAAGCCUAUGGAUUUGUAACAAAAAGCAGGACCCACACGGAAACUCAUCCAUGGGUUGUUUCCCACCCAGAAAGCCCUCCCUUUUAUUUAUUUAAUCAUCAUUUUUAGAAAACGUCUGUAACGUAACAACAUUUGGAAAAAGUCAAGACCUUUAGGUCUUAAGGUAUUAACUAUCGUAUAAUACAAUUGUUUUCUUAUUUUCAUACAGAAUUGCUCUGUUUGCUGUCAUGAUAAUGGCAAAUUAAUGAAGUUCUAUUUCGAAAAAAUGUAUUUAUUUUCUUGAAUAUUCAUAAAAAGUCAAUAUAAUCUUCAAGCUCUGCUGAUAUAGUCCCCAAUCGGUAUUAGAUAGAACGAAUAGGAAAACAACUUGUGGUUACCCCAUUGAAAAGGUUUUUGCUGUGAAACAAACACAAUUUCCUGUUGUCUCCUUGUUUUAGUCAAUUACAAAACUACAUUUAAUGAAUGUACAACUUGUGUAAAGAUUUACUUUUCAACAUUGCCUGCUCCAGAGCGUUCUCACUACUUAGAAAAACGUAAUAUUGUAAGGCUUCCCUCAUGCCCCUUUUCAUGACGGUGCUAGCAGCCAGGUGAGUGGGUGCUAACUAGCUACCGACCAGAACAUUACACUAGGCAAGACCAAUAACACAAACAAAAUGGACUAUACUAAACAAGUUAAAUGUCUUACUAGUGAUGAAAUGUUUUCCACACACAGCUACGUGUAGCCUACAUGGACACCGGGUCCCCACAUUUCCCCACUCCUCCAUGCCAAAUCGCCUGAAGCCACAGGGCUCUUCAGAAGGCUCUAUUUCCCUACGUGGGAGCAUUGUGAUCCAUAGGUCUGUAUUUUUUUAUCUGGUUAACGUUACAUGUACAUUGAACAACAAAGCAGCUAUACGGUGUGUUUUGUUGUAUCUGUAUAAUAAAAAAUCUACGCCGAAGUUGGCUCUGACAAUG